AUGGGUUCAUCAGACGAAACAGCAUCUCACAGCAGCAACGUUGCGUCAACACAUGCGGUGGUGCCCAACUCGAAGAAUGACUCAAUCUUGGUCGGCAUGCGUGAUGGCAUCACAGGGAAAUUCUACUUGACUCCGAGAAAAGAGGCUGUAGUGUCGGUCUUUGACUCUAAUUUUCUCGUCGGCGACGGCAUCUGGUUCGCACGCGAGCAUAUCAACCGCUUGUUCCAAUCAGCCAAAGCCAUGUUCAUGGAUCUCGGCCUGACUAAGGGCGAAUUGCUAGAAUUAUUGCACCAGACCCUUGACGCCAACGAAAUGGGUGAGGAACCCCAUGUCCAUAUUCGUCUGGUUGUCAGCCGUGGCCUCAAAUCAACACCAUACCAAAACCCACAUGUCAACAUCGGUUUGCCUCUUAUCGUCAUCAUUCCCGAGGUCAAGGCGAUCGAUCCGGCGUCAAAGGUUCGCGGCCUGCGCCUCGCAACGACUUGGGUGCGCCGAGGCCCACCCGACGUCAAGGAUGAACAGUGGAACCACAUCUCCAAAGCCACAGAUGUUCAGGCCUGCAUCAGCGCGAAUGUUAUGAACGUAGACGAGGCACUGAUGCUCGACCUUCGGGGGUUCGUGAAAACAUGCAACUCGGUCAACUUCUUCAUCAUCCGAGGAGACGAGGUCUGGGCUCCAACAAAAGACAACCAGAUGCAGGGUAUCACGCGUCAAAAGACGAUCGACGUAUGUCGUGCCAACGGGAUCACGGUGCGAGAGCUGGACUUCAGCCUGACGGAGGUGUACGGAGCCGACGAGGCUUUCUGCACGGGAACUUUUCCAUCUCAAUUGCAUGUCGUGGAAGUGGAUGGGAGACAGAUUGGAGACGGCAAGAGGGGUGUGAUCACCGAGAGGAUCCAGCAGCUUUAUGCAGAGCUCGUGAUUCAAGAUGUGAGCAGAAGUCGGGACGAGAUCACGGCGGAAGUCGAAGCAACACGGGAUCUCAGGAACUUCAAAUCCAAACUGUAG